ACCCUGUCCUGCCUGCUUCCUCAUGCCUGCCUCUCGGAGCUCACUCACUGCCUGCCACUGCAACCUCUGUCUCCAUACGAUUUCCCUCUUGGACAGCGCAGCUGCCAGCCAUGGCAGAGCCCCGGAUCCUUCUUUUGCUCUGCGCCCUGGUCUUCUGCCUGGCGGGCUCCGGUUUCAUCAGAGGGCAGAAGGUGCGGUCUAAACGCUGCGACGUAAAGACCAAGUUUGUCACCCACUCACCCUGCACGGCAUGCGCGGCCAUCAAGAAGCGGUCAUGUCCCUUAGGCUGGUUUCGGAGUUACCCAGAGAAGAUACUCAGGGACUGUCGCUAUGAGGUGCAGCUGAGGGACUCUGUGGUGUCCUUCGGUGGCUGUAGCCAGGAGUGUUGGAAGGAUAUGGUGCAGAAGGCUUGCUGCCCCGGCUACUGGGGUUCCCAGUGCUACGAGUGCCCUGGAGGUGCCGAGACACCGUGUAAUGGCCGCGGGACCUGCCUGGAUGGCAUAGCUGGAAAUGGAACCUGUGUGUGUCAGGGGAACUUCAGCGGCUCAGCCUGCCAGGAGUGCCGUGACCCCCGCAGAUUUGGGCCCGACUGCCAAUCAGUGUGCAGCUGUGUGCACGGCUUGUGCAGCCAUGGGCCCGAAGGGGAUGGGAGCUGCCUGUGUUUUGCUGGGUACACUGGCCCCCGCUGUGACCAAGAGCUUCCAGUCUGCCAGGCCCUGAAAUGCCCCCAGAAUUCCCAGUGCUCUGCAGAGGACCCUGCCUGCAAGUGCCUGCCCGGAUACACUCAGCAGGACAAUGCUUGUCUUGCUCGUGACCCCUGUAAGCCGUCUCCUUGCUCCCCACUGGCCCGAUGUUCAGCGAAUCCCAAGCUGCAGGCUCAGUGCGACUGCCCAGAAAGUUACCACGGCGAUGGGAAAGUGUGUCUGCCCCAAGACCCGUGCAUCACCAACUUUGGGGACUGCCCCAGCAACUCCACCAUCUGUCUGUACAAGGGUCCAGGCAAGGCUGGCUGUGCGUGCCAGCCGGGUCUGGUCAGCAUCAACAACAACCCUUCUGAGGGAUGCUACGCCCUUUGCAAACCACAUUCCUGUGACAAAUCAGCUACCUGUCAGGUGACCCCCGAUGGAAAGACCAGCUGUGUGUGCAAGGAUGGGGAGGUGGGGGAUGGUCGUGCCUGCUACGGACACCUGCUCCACGAGAUUCAGAGGGCCAAUCAGAUGGGCCUGGUGUUCCUGAAGCUAAGAGCGGCCAUCUCCAUGCUGGAGAAGGGCUGCCAGGAGAUCCUUACCACGUCGGGCCCAUUUACUGUGCUGGUGCCAUCUGUCUUCCCCGCCUCCUCUGUGCCCUCCAGUACCAUGAAUACGACCCUUGCUCAGCAGCUGUGCAGACAGCACAUCGUCGCGGGGGAGCACAUCCUGGAGGAUGUGGGGACCUUGAGUACGCGCAAGUGGUGGACGCUUGCUGGCCAGGAGAUCACCAUCACCUCCAGCCGCUUGAGAUACACCUAUAAGUAUGAGGACCAGCCCCAACAGACAUUCACCAUCCAAAAGGCCAACUACAUAGCAGCCAACGGAGUGUUCCAUACAAUCACUGCCCUACGGAGGCAGCUUCCACCUCCACUCCCGGGGGACCCCGAGAAAACUAUCAGCCAGACCCUCGCUUCCACAGAGGCCUUCACGCGGUUUGAGACUAUCCUGGAGAACUGUGGGCUGCCGUCCAUCUUGGAUGGGCCUGGGCCCUUUACAGUCUUUGCUCCGAGCAACGAAGCUGUGGACAGCCUCCGAGAUGGCCGUCUGAUUUACCUUUUUACAUCAGGCCUUUCCAAGCUUCAGGAGCUGGUACGACACCACAUCUAUAACCGUGGCCAGCUGACAGUCGAGAAGCUCAUCUCUAAGGGACGUGUCCUCACCAUGGCCAACCAGGUCCUGGCUGUGAAUAUCUCUGAGGAGGGACGUAUCCUGCUGGGGCCUGAGGGCGUCCCUGUGCGGAGAGUGGACGUGCCGGCUGCCAACGGUGUGAUCCACAUGCUGGAGGGCAUCCUGCUGCCCCCCACCAUCCUGCCCGUCCUACCCAAGCACUGCGAUGAAGAACAGCACCAGAUUGUGCCGGGUUCUUGCGUGGACUGCCAAGCCUUGAAUGCCAGCAUGUGUCCCCCAAACAGUGUGAAAAUGGAUAUCUUCCCCAAGGAGUGUGUUUACAUUCACGACCCAGCUGGACUCAACGUGCUGAAGAAGGGUUGUGCCCACUCCUGCAACCAGACCAUCACAAAACGCGGCUGCUGCAAAGGAUUUUUUGGGCCUGACUGCACACAGUGUCCUGGGGGCUUCUCCAACCCCUGCUAUGGCAAAGGCAACUGCAACGAUGGGGUCCAGGGCAACGGGGCCUGCCUCUGCUUUCCAGACUACAAGGGUAUUGCCUGCCAUAUCUGCUCCAACCCAAACAAGCACGGCGAGCAGUGCCAAGAGGACUGUGGCUGCGUCCAUGGUCUGUGCGACAACCGUCCCGGCAGUGGGGGAGUGUGCCAGAGCGGCACGUGUGCCCCCGGCUUCCAAGGCCGCUUCUGCAAUGAGACCCUGGGGAACUGCAGACGCGGAGGGGUGGCCCAGCUCUGCCACCAGCACGCUCGCUGCGUUAGUCAGGAGGGUGAGGCCAGGUGUGUCUGCCUUGAUGGGUUUGAAGGCGAUGGCUUCUCCUGCACACACAGAAAUCCCUGCUCACACCCGGACCGUGGUGGCUGUUCAGAGAAUGCUGAAUGUGUCCCCGGAGACCUGGGCGCCCACCGCUGCGUUUGCCACAAGGGCUGGAGUGGGGAUGGCCGCGUCUGCGUGGCCGUUGAUGAGUGCGGGCUGGACACUCGAGGUGGCUGCCACGCGGAUGCUCUCUGCAGCUACGUGGGCCCUGGACAGAGUCGAUGCACGUGUAAGCUGGGCUUCGCUGGAGAUGGUUACCAGUGCAGCCCCAUUGACCCCUGUCGGGUAGGCAAUGGUGGCUGCCAUGGCCUGGCUACCUGCCAGGCAGUUGGGGGAGGUCAGCGGGUUUGCACGUGUCCCCCUCAUUUCGGCGGUGACGGCUUCACUUGCUAUGGAGAUGUCUUGCAGGAACUAGAGGCAAAUGCCCACUUCUCUGCCUUCACCCAGUGGUUCAAGAAUUCAAGUGUCACUCUUCCUGCUGACAGCAGAGUCACAGCCCUGGUGCCUUCUGAAUCUGCCAUCCGCAGGCUGCACCUUGAGGACCAGGCCUUCUGGCUACAGCCAAAGAUGCUGCCAGAACUGGUCAGGGCCCAUUUUCUCCAGGGUGCCUUCUCAGAAGAAGAGUUGGCCCGGCUAAGCGGACAGCAAGUAGCCACACUGAGCCCCACAACCCACUGGCAGAUACACAACAUCAGUGGGAAAGUCUGGGUGCAGAACGCCAGUGUGGAUGUACCCGACCUCCUUGCUACCAAUGGCAUCCUACACAUCAUUAGCCAGGUCUUGCUGCCUCCGAGAGGUAAUGUGCAGACUGCGCCGGGCUUGCUUCAGCAAUUAGAUAGAGUGCCCGCCUUCCGCCUCUUCCUGGAGCAGCUAAAGCACCACAAACUGGUGGCCCAAAUUGAGGCUGCCAAAGCCUACACCAUCUUUGUGCCCACAAAUCACUCUCUGGAGACCCAGGGCAACAGCAGUAUCCUGGACAUAGACACAGUGCGACAUCACGUGAUCCUCGGGGAGGCCCUCUCUGUGGAGGCCCUUCGGAAAGGGGGACAUCGGAACUCCCUUCUGGGUGCUGCACACUGGCUGGUCUUCUACAACCACAGUGGCCAGCCUGAGGUGAACCACAUGCCACUGGAGGGGCCCUUUCUGGAGGCUCCUGGCUGCUCCCUCUUUGGCCUGUCGGGGAUCUUGACGGUGGGCUCCAGCCGCUGCCUGCACAGCCACGCAGAAGCUCUUCGGGAGAAAUGCAUAAACUGCACCCGGAAAUUCCGCUGCACUCAAGGCUUCCAGCUGCAGGACACACCUAGGAAGAGCUGUGUCUACAGAUCUGGAUUCUCUUUCUCCCGGGGCUGUUCCUACACAUGUGCAAAGAAGAUCCAGGUGCCCGACUGCUGCCCAGGCUUCUUUGGCACACUGUGUGAGCCAUGCCCAGGGGGUGUCGGUGGAGUGUGCUCGGGCCAUGGGCAGUGCCAAGACAGGUUCCUGGGCAAUGGUGAGUGCCGCUGCCAAGAGGGCUUCCACGGGACAGCCUGUGAGAUGUGUGAGCUGGGCCGCUAUGGACCUGCCUGUUCCGGAGUGUGCGACUGUGACCACGGCCUGUGCCAGGAGGGGCUGCGAGGGAAUGGAAGCUGUGUCUGUAACGUGGGUUGGCAGGGUCUCCGCUGUGACCAAAAAAUCAUCAACCCUCAGUGUCCUAAGGAGUGUGAUCCCAAUGCCAACUGCAUACAGGACGCCACUGGAGUCCCUGCCUGUGUCUGCGCUGCGGGAUAUUCAGGCAACGGUAGUUACUGCUCAGAGGUGGACCCGUGCGCUUCCGGCCGCGGUGGCUGCUCACCCUAUGCCAACUGCACCAAGGUGGCCCCUGGGCAACGGACGUGUACUUGCCGGGAUGGCUACACAGGAGAUGGGGAGCUGUGCCAGGAAAUAAACAGCUGUCUUGUCCACAAUGGGGGCUGCCAUGUUCACGCCGAAUGCAUCCCCACAGGCCCCCAGCAGGUCUCCUGCAGCUGCCGUGAGGGCUACAGCGGCGAUGGCAUCCAGUCUUGCAAGCUUCUGGACCCCUGCUCCCAGAACAACGGAGGCUGCAGCCCUUAUGCUGUGUGCAAAAGCACGGGGGACGGCCAGAGGACAUGCACCUGUGACCCGAGUCAUGCGGUGGGAGACGGUAUCACCUGUCGUGGACGAAUUGGACUGGAGCUCCUACGGGACAAACGCGCCUCAUUCUUCAGUCUCAACCUCUUGGAGUACAAGGAGCUCAAGGGUGAAGGACCCUUCACCAUCUUCGUGCCUGGUGCCGAUUUGAUGAGCAACAUGUCACAGGACGAGCUGGCUAGGAUUCGCGCCCACCGCCAGCUAGUGUUUCGCUACCACGUGGUUGGCUGCCGGCAGUUGGGGAGCCAGGAACUGCUGGACCAGGGAUACGUCACUGCGCUGUCUGGGCACACGCUGCGCUUCAGUGAGAAGGAGGGCAGCGUUUACGUCAACGACUUUGCUCGGGUGGUAAGCAGCGACCACGAGGCCGUGAACGGUGUCUUGCACUUCAUUGACCUUGUUCUGCUGCCACCAGACGUGUUGCACGGGGAAGUGGAUACCACCCCAAGCCCUCGGAGAAACUUCACCACCGCAGCUGAAAGCUUCGGCUACAAGAUCUUCAGCCGCCUAGUGAAGAUGGCUGGUCUUCUGCCCAUGCUCCGCGAUCCAUCCCAUCGUCCCUUCACCAUGCUGUGGCCCACAGACUCUGCCCUGCAAGCCCUGCCUCCUGACCGGCAGAACUGGCUCUACCAUGAGGACCACCGUGACAAACUGGCAGCCAUUCUUCGGGGUCAUAUGAUACGCAGCAUCGAGGCCUUGGCAUCUGACCUGCCCAACCUGGGCCAACUCCGAACCAUGCAUGGGAACACCAUCUCUUUCUCCUGCAGUCUUGCCCGGCCCGGUGAGCUCUUGGUGGGUGAAGACAACGUGCACAUUGUGCAACGGCACUUGCCCUUUGAAGGUGGCCUGGCUUAUGGCAUUGACCAGCUGCUGGAGCCACCCGGCCUCGGUGCCCGCUGCGAUCGCUUUGAGACCCAACUGCUUCAAAUGAAGACUUGCAGCGUCUGUGGGCUGGAACCACCCUGUCCUCAGGGCUCACAGGAGCUGGGCUUCCGCAAGGCCUGCUGGCGUGAUUACUCCAAGCUCUGGACACCCCCACUGCACUCCCUGGCAGCACGCAGUGGUGCCUGGUUACAGACUAGUUUUUGGAACCACCAACGCUUGGGUAGGGGCUGCCAGCGCAGCUGUGUCACGGCUGUCUGGAAGCCUAGCUGCUGUCCUGGUCACUAUGGCAUUGACUGCCAAGCUUGCCCUGGUGGCCCCAGAAGCCCCUGCAGCGACCACGGCGUGUGUCUGGACGGCAUAAGUGGAAGUGGGCAGUGUAGCUGCCGCUCGGGUUUCGCUGGGACGGCCUGCGAACUCUGCGCCCCAGGCGCCUUUGGGCCGCAAUGCCAAGCCUGCGGCUGCACCCCACAUGGACAUUGUGAUGAAGGCCUUGGGGGCUCUGGCGCCUGCUUCUGCGAGGAAGGCUGGACUGGGUCACGCUGUGAAGUGCAGCUGGAGUUGCAGCCUGUGUGUACCCCACCCUGUGCAACCGAGGCCAUGUGCCGCGUGGGCAACAGCUGUGAGUGCGGCCUGGGCUACGAAGGGGACGGCCGUGUGUGCACAGUGGCAGAUCUGUGCCGGAAGGGGCACGGCGGCUGCAGCGAGCAUGCCAACUGCAGCCAGGUGGGGACAGCGGUCACCUGCACCUGUCUGCCUGACUACGAGGGUGAUGGCUGGAGUUGCCGAGCCCGUAACCCCUGCCUGGACGGCCACCGUGGAGGCUGCAGCGAGCACGCCGACUGCCUCAACACUGGUCCGAACACGCGGCGCUGUGAGUGCCACGCGGGCUACGUGGGUGACGGACUGCAGUGUCUGGCGGGGCUUGAACCGCCUGUGGACCGAUGCAUGGGCGAGUCGUCGCCCUGCCACACGGACGCUCUGUGCACUGACCUACAUUUCCAGGAGAAACGGGCUGGCGUCUUCCACAUCCAGGCCACCAGUGGCCCUCAAGGCUUGACCUUCUCGGAGGCCGAGAAAGCAUGCGAGGACCAGGGAGCAGCCCUUGCCUCACUCCCUCAGCUCUCUGCUGCCCAGCAGCUGGGCUUUCACGUCUGCUCCGUGGGCUGGUUGGCCAAUGGCUCUGCUGCCCAUCCUGUCGUCUUCCCGGCGGCGGACUGCGGCGAUAACCGUGUAGGGGUAAUCAGCCUCGGGGUCCGCAAGAACCUUUUGGAGCGCUGGGAUGCCUACUGCUACCGGGUGCAAGAUGUGGCCUGCCAGUGCCGGGUCGGUUUUGUGGGUGACGGGAUCAGCACAUGCAACGGGAAGCUGCUUGACGUCCUGGCUGCCACCGCCAACUUCUCCACCUUCUACGGGCUGUUGCUGGACUAUGCCAACGCCACCCAGCGAGGUCUGGAUUUCCUGGACUUCUUGGACGAUGAGCGCUCCUACAAGACACUCUUCGUUCCUGUCAACGAAGGCUUCGUGGACAACAUGACGCUGAGUGGCCCAGAUCUAGAGCUCCAUGCUUCCAACGCCACCUUCCUGAGUGCCAACGCCAGCCAGGGGACAUUGCUUCCUGCCCAUUCAGGUCUUAGCCUCUUCAUAAGUGAUGCAGGCCCUGACAACAGUUCUAGGACCCCUCUGGCCCCUGGGGCAGUUGUGGUUAGCCAUGUCAUCGUGUGGGACAUCAUAGCUUUCAAUGGCAUUAUCCACGCUCUGGCCAGACCCCUGCUCACGCCUCCUCAGCCUAGGCCAGUGCUGGGACCCGCGUCUCAACCCGUGGCACUGAGCAUGGGGGUUGUGGUAGCUUCUGGAACACUGCUGGGGCUGGUAGCUGGGGCCCUCUACCUCCGCGCCCGAGGAAAGACCACAGGGUUUGGCUUCUCUGCUUUCCAGGCGGAAGACAAUGCUGACGACGACUUCUCCCCGUGGCAAGAAGGGACCAGCCCAGCCCUGGUGUCUGUCCCCAACCCUGUCUUCGGCAGCAACGAUGCCUUUUGUGACCCCUUUGAUGAUUCGCUCCUAGAGGAGGACUUCCCCGACACCCGGAGGAUCCUCGAGGUCAAAUGACGGUCUGGAGUGGAAGCAGAGGCACGCGGAAGACAAGAGAGACACCACUUUUAUUGCUUGUCAGGGUGGCUGGGGCUGGAGAGACGGACGGUCUUGUCUAGGACAAUAAAAGCGCCCCUCAGCGGAUGUGGGCCAUGUCGCCAA